CUAUUGUAUUAAGCAUCGGGCUCUUAUGUCAGCAUCGAUGAGUAACUUAACCAAACAUUGAGGAAUGACGUUUUGUUACAAUGAAAGACACACGUCAGAAACACCCACGUUAACAUUCUAAACGGUCUUUUAAUUUGGACUAAUGAAUGCCGCCGAACAACAUAUCACACAAGGCAAUGGGGUCACGUGGGUGACUGGCUGUACUACGUAGACAGUGUUUGGUUUUUCGCCGGGUGAAAUGUAAGUUUCAAGUUUUGUGAUCAUGAAUUUUGGCACGACGUCGAGUAAACAAGUGUACCAAAAAUUUGACACGACGUCGAGUAAACAAGUGUACCGAAAAUGGCAGGUUCUGCGCUGUGCAUUCAGUUGGUGAAGCAUUACUAGAAAGGUCAUCCUAGCCUGAACAAAAUGUCCAGUAACUGUGAGUCUAUAAAGGUUGUGGUCCGUUGUCGUCCUAUGAAUGAGAAGGAACGGGCAGCCACAUUUGAGAGUGUGGUCUCAGUUGAUGUGAAGUUGGGACAAAUUAUUGUCAGGAACCCUAGGGAUCCUUCAACCUCAAAAGUUUUCACAUUUGAUUCGGUGUAUGACUGGAAGUCAAAGCAAAUUGAGCUUUACAAUGAAAGCUUUAGACCCCUUGUGGAUUCAGUUCUUCGAGGAUUUAACGGAACCAUCUUUGCAUAUGGACAAACAGGCACAGGGAAAACAUACACCAUGGAGGGUGUAAGAAACAACCCAGAGAGGAGAGGCGUUAUCCCCAACUCUUUUGACCACAUCUUUGGUCACAUUUCAAGAUCUCAAAAUCAGCAGUACAUGGUGAGAGCAUCAUAUCUAGAAAUUUAUCAAGAGGAAAUGAGAGAUUUACUCUCUAAGGACCAAUCACGUCCUCUCGAGCUGAGAGAAAGGCCGGACACUGGUGUUUACGUUAAAAAUCUGUCAUCGUUUGUCACUCGAAGUAAAGAGGAGAUUGAAAAUGUUAUGAAUGUGGGCAAUCAAAAUCGUUCAGUGGGCGCCACCAACAUGAAUGAACACAGCUCUCGCUCUCAUGCCAUCUUUGUAAUCACUGUAGAAUGCAGUGAACAGAAGGUGGAUGGCGAGAACCAUAUCCGAGUUGGCAAACUCAAUCUGGUGGAUCUAGCUGGCAGUGAAAGGCAAACCAAGACGGGAGCUCAGGGCGAGAGACUGAAAGAAGCGACUAAAAUCAAUCUGUCACUUUCUGCGUUGGGGAAUGUCAUAUCCGCUCUGGUGGAUGGCAGGAGCAGUCAUAUCCCUUACAGAGAUUCGAAACUGACACGCCUUUUACAGGACUCUCUUGGGGGCAAUGCCCGCACUGUCAUGGUGGCCAACAUUGGCCCGGCAUCUUACAAUGUCGAAGAGACUUUAACGACGCUGCAGUAUUCCAACCGAGCUAAGAACAUCCAGAAUACACCGUGCGUCAAUGAGGACCCCAAAGAUGCCCAGCUUAGGCGGUUUCAGGAGGAGAUUGCCAGGCUGAAGGAACAGCUGGAGAAGCGUUUAGGAAAGAAAAACAAAAGGAGGGAAAGAAGGAGAGCUGGGGAUUGUAGCAAAGAUGAUGGUCAGGAAGAAGAAAGUGAUGAUGAAGGUGAGGACAACAAAGACAAUUAUUGGAGGGAGCAGACGGAGAAAUUGGAAAGAGAGAGGAGAGCCAUCAUGGAGGACCACAGCCUGGUGGCCGAGGAAAAAGCUCAACUCCUUCUAGAGAAGGAGAGGAAAAUGGGAGACCUGAGGAAGGAGCAGAAAGAGGGAGAGCUACUGGCAGCCAAAAUUAAGACAAUGGAGAGUAAACUUCUAGUUGGGGGGAAGAACAUUGUGGAUCACACCAACGAGCAGCAAAAGAUGCUGGAGCAAAAAAGACAAGAAAUUGCUGAGCAGAAAUGUCGAGAGCGAGAGAUGCGACAACAGAUGGAGUGUCAAGAUGAAGAGACUCUAGAACUAAAGGGGACCUACAGUUCACUGCAGCAGGAAGUCGAUGUUAAAACCAAGAAAGUCAAUAAGUUGUUUGCCAAACUGGAGGCGGUAAAGGCAGAAAUCCAUGACAUACAAGAGGCACACAUCAGUUCACGGCAGGAAUUAGAACAGACCCAGAACGAACUCACCAAAGAUCUUAAACUCAAGUCUCUGCUGAUUGACAAUUUUAUUCCGUUGGAAGACAAGAAAAAAGUUGUGAACAGGGCUUAUUUUGACGAGAAGGAUGAAUGCUGGAACAUGAGGCCCAUUACACGUAUUGAGACUGAUCGUGAGGUGCUGAGCAGGCCUCAGUCAGCUAUUGGAUUCAGACGGCCUCUCAGUCAUCAUGCUCGCAUGGCCAUGAUGAUUAGUCUUGACAUGAGAUACAAAGCAGAAAACCUCCUGUUGUUGGACAUGGACCUUCCAUCUCGUACCACCAAAAACUAUCAGCAGCCAGUCAUCGCUCCAAAGGUUGUGGCAGCUCUGAAGGAUGCUCUUAAGGAUGAGGAGGAUCUCGAGGUUGAUGCGUCAGAAUUUAAUGAUUGCUUUGCACAACUAACCAGUACCAGUGGCAGUCUGAAGAAACAAAAGUCAUGUCGGUCAAGAACAGACAAGCAGUCCCGCACCGCUUCAUGCAGCCCUCAUAAUCUUACUUCCCCAAUUUACCCACAAUCCCGUGGGCUGGUGCCCAAGUGAAAGGUUCUAUGAAAGCACAUUUUGGGGACUGAAAUAUGUGCCAGGAGAGACUGAAAUUUUAUGCACAUUAAUUAUAUGUUUAGCAAUCAUAUACAAGAUUGUUUUUUUAGAAUGUGUAAACAUGUUUGAACAUUCUCUGUGAAUAUCUCAUGUGUCGAAUUACAUUGCUAAAUGCUGUAACUGUCACAUACAUUUGAACUAUGUAUUAUAAUAUGGUAAAAUAAUUCACUUGUGAAUUUUACAUGUUUUUUCUUAGAUGUAUUUGUAAUAAAACAAACUUGGGACUUAGUGGUUUCCAUUCAUGUUUUAUUUUAUUUCGCCACGAGGGGGCAGAGUUGUGUCGUAGAAAUGUUACUUGAAACAGGCGCAAGGCUUCUAUUGGGAGCGGCAUACUUUUCUCGUUAUAAUUUAAUUCUUUAAUUUGUAAACCAAACAAACAAACCAAUCAAUCCAUUUCUACAAGUCCCAAGAAUCUACAACUUUCUUUCUCUUUGCCCCUACAUGUCAUCAUCAGUAGAUGUUGACGCGUGACAGAUUAUCAUAAAAGAAAUGAACACAAUGGAUUUAAAACAUCUGGGGGUGAAGAUGGAGAAACCCAAUACCCAAAACACUUCAAACCUUUACAGCCAUCUCGGCCCUGAAGCAUGAAUCACUUUAACAUCUUUAACAGCCAACUAAUCAGAGCCAAUUUGUGUGUGAAACACUCCCAAGAUUCUGUUGUGUGAUUUUUCUAACCAUUUAUCUCAUUUACAAGACAGGGUGGCUGUUUUAUUGUUGCCUCCCUGGCCGAUCGGGACUGCCUUGAAGUCUUGGAGAAAUUGAAUUAAGGGUGUUUUUGUUUGGGUGUGUUUGUGACUGCAUAUACAGCAUUGUUUUGUGAAAUUUGACAGGAUUUGGAGUGAAAGUAAUGUGUCAUUUCCUGUGACUGUUGAUAUCCUUUUUGCCAGGGUCAUAAUGUUAUGGUGACCUUGAGAAUUACUU